AUGGGUCUUCUGUCGCUCACCUACACCCGUCCCAAGCAUGUGGACCAGCAGAGCCUACAACGGAGUCGUGAAUCUCUCUCUGAUGAGAAGACUGACGGCUCUGUUCGAUCAGGUCGAUCUGGCUGUUCGGGUGGUGUUCCCGACUCGCUUGCUUUUGACAACAUUAUGAAUGGGGGAAGCUGCCCACCAAUGACCGUUCGUGACUUCAUGAACUAUCUGAUCUACGUUGAGCACUCUGCCGAGAACCUCCAGUUCUAUCUUUGGUACAAGGAUUAUGUCAAACGAUUCAACGAUGCACCUACUACGGAUAUAUCUUUGGCCCCGGAGUGGACACAGGUUAUGGAAGACGAGGCUGUUGCCAAGAUCCGAAAAGACCAAGCUGGAAAGAUUCGUCCCUCUCCAGAAGCCGCGGCCAUCUUUCGAGGAACCGACUUUGAGAAACAAGCACCUGAGAUGCCUGAGAAUGCCACCAAUCCUUUCAACACUCCUCCUCGCUCCUCAAACGGCGGCAGUGACAAGGGUUCCAUUUUCACCGCUUCGCACAGUAUGCCGACAGCGACUACGGGAUCGUACAAGUCGCAAGCCGCUGACGCCUUCCAAUCCGCCGGAGCCAAGCUACCAUUCACCAUCCAACCGUUCAGAGAUGAGAUCAAUCGAGUUAUUGCUACUUACAUCAUGGACGGCGCUCCUCGACAGCUCAACCUAGCCUCAUGGGAACAAAAAGCUGCUGUUCAAGCACUGUCACACACGACUCACCCUACUGCGCUUCGCGGCCUCUUCAAGACAGUAGAUUCUGCUUUGCGCCGACAGGCUCACCCCAACUUUGUCCGUUGGUCUAUUUGCAACGGCAACCCCGCUCGUGUCUUCUUUGCUCGUUUCCUUGGAGUGUUUCUCAUUGUUGCCGGGUUUGCCGUUGCCAUCCCUAUUACGCUGAGCAACCUUGGCCGUGGUUAUCGUGCUCUUGCUGCCAUCGCGUGGGUUUUGGGCAUCAGCACUCUAGUCGCUGCCUACAAGGGAAUGUGCGUGGUGUUGCAUGGCAUGCACCACCGCCACGUGAGACCGUGGGAGCUCUUCGUGCAGGAAGACGGCGAGGACCUGGGCAAGCGUAGCUUUGAUUCGUUUGGGAGUCAGAACAGCUAUGAAGAUGAGCCGUGGAUUGUCAAGUAUGAGAAGCGAAAUGUUGUGAGGAAAGUCUUUGAUCGUGAGGUCUGGAUUCAGGAGCCUGCACUUAGACAGAUCCAGGAUACCAUUUUUGUUCAAGCUCUGCUCGCAUCAUUGCUUCUUGGAGGUGCUCUCACGGCCAUCUUUGUUGCCAUUCCUGGGGGACACUUUUUCUAA